GGUCUCUCUCUAUAAUAUUUUAGUGAUUAUGACGUUCCUAUUGGGAGAUAUUAGCCCAGCAGGAGGAAUCCUUGAGAGAAAAGUUGGCGAUUGGCAAAUGAUUUACCGGGCGAGCAGCAGGAACGACCAAUCGGUGAUCAAGACGUAUAUGGAACAAGGUGUUGCGAGCGAACAAAAUGAAACAAAUGCUGGCUGUGUUUCUAUCAACGGGCGGGACAAAUGCAAAAUAAAUUACAGACACAGCAUGAUUGACAGAUGGGAGAGUGCGGGGGUCAGAAAGGUGAGACUUGAACUCUACAAAGAGGGAGAACUUGUGGCACACAUUGUGUUUAAUGGUAAAUCCACCACAUCCACAAGCUGGUUCAGUCAGGAAAAUGUGAUUUCCUCUAAUUGGUUCGACCUUAAAGAAAACAACAAUGAUGAGGGCAAUCAGUUUUCCUUUUUUGGAUACAGAAAUAACGACAUCGAUCGGCGACUUUAUAUCAACAAGAAUUGGAAGGGAGGAUGCAGCUUCCAUAAGGGCUGGAUGGUGGUAAUAGAGAGUGUUACCCGGGGUAACGGUUGUAACUACGAGGUAUUCCCCUCCUAUCCAGUCUUCCUGUACAUCCCACACUCAUACGCGGACUUCAUUGAUGACUUCAAGCGCGAGGCAGAUGUGUUGGCCAUUUCUGUGAUAGCCACCCAAGUGAACGCUUUGUAACAGGACACAAGAAUGUUAUCCCGCAUUGGAUAUUUGACAGAAAAAGUUCUAGCAGGAUACACACAUGAUCAGUGAUACCCUCCUGUUGUCUAAUUGAAGUCAGAACUGUACUAUGAAAACUUCAUUAUUUGCUUAACAAAUUAUGUACAUGGAUGUAGUUCUACCUGACAAUGAUAACUGUGUAUUCUCAUCUAAUGAUAUAUACAGGAUCUUAUUUGGGAUCCUAUUUCGCAUGUUAGCUGUGAAAGAUUACCAAGACUAGUUGACUUGAAAAAAACACAUUAUCAUAAAUGACAUUUUUAUAAAAUGAUACUAAACCAUACAAAAACACAGACGGACAUUUUUCAUUCUUUCAAAUUGUUUUAUUUACACCUAAUUUCACACAGACAUAUCAAUAAUACUGUGAGUCAAUUCAUUUACUUCUGGAUAGUCAGGUCAUUAGCAUAUUUCUUUGAUCAAUGAAAACAUUA